AUGUCGUGGGCAGAAAAAGCACGUGGUUCUCAUUCAGAUCACCGCAGUAUUGAGAGCAAUGAACUGAUAUAUGGUAUUAAUACAUUACCAAAAAUAGAAGAAGUAGAUGAGCAAACACAAAAACAACUGAAUGGAAACUGCAGUUCUGUUAUGCUCAGAGGUCUUCCAGGUGAUACUUGGGAUAUUAUUACCUCUUUUCUUAAUUUUCGAGAUGUUCAAUUAGUAAGUAGUACGUGUCGUACACUUUGGCAUCUCUUACAUCGAAGAGAUAAUAUAUGGCGUUCUCAAAUUGAGUAUUUUCAUCAAGAUAUGCAGGAUUUACGAGGUGAUGGAAGACUUCUUUGUACAGAGUUUCUUAUCCCAUCUUCCUGUAGUAUGUAUGAACGAAUGAAAAUGGAACGAAGAUUAUAUGCUUUGGAUGCACAAAGAGAUUGGCAAUUUCGUGAAUAUGAAAAAAAUUGUGGGUCUGAAGGUAUUUUUUCUUCUCUUCUUACCCUUGAUGAAGAAUUAGAAAAUAAUAAUUAUGGAUGGGGAGAAGAAGAAGUAACACCACUUUUACAAAUAAGAGUUUUACGUCCUUUGUUAUUAACAUGUGAUACUAAUGACCCUAAUAUGAAUCCUUCUGUAGAUUCUGGUAGUAGAAAAAGUGGUAAUAAUAGUGGUCCUGCUAUUCGUUCCCCAAGUGAAUACCUUACACUCUGUGAUAAUAUUAAUCAUGGAGAUUUUACAGGAGCUCUUUUGGGUGUACAAGAUUGUACAGAAGAAGAAGAUGAAUUAUUUCUUUUUGCUAUUCUCCAAACAUUACGUCGUGCAAAACAGCGUCCACCUCCCCGUUAUUUACCGAAUGAAACUCGUACCUCCCAUCAUCAAAUCCUUCGGUACUUUGGAGGAAAGUUGCUUAGCAUAUGUAGAUAUGAGGCAGAGCAAUUGUUGCUGUCUGUUCUGCAUAUGCGUGGUGUCCUUGAUGACUUUGUUCUUUAUAGUAAUCCCCAUACUUUAGGUUCUCUCUCAGCUCUCAAGACUACACGUUACUUCAUCGCACCAGAGUUGUGUAGACGCGGACGUGUGGGACUUAUAGUGGUAGACCCAGUGCGUAUAUUAGUCGUUGUACGAAAAGACCGUGGCACUUGUGAUGAUCCACGGUGGGAUGAAGAGUAUACAGCAGCAACAUUAGAGGGUGGAGCUACACACGGAAGUGGGAUGAAUCCGCAAAAUCUUCGACGUUUCUAA